UAUGCGCGAAACGGCUUGCCAAAAGCGUCUAAAGAGUAUUUUUAUUGUUUGUUGCCUACUCGCUGCGCAAUGCCACUCUUUUAGUAUGCCAGACGCGCUCUUUGGUUUCUUCUCAAAUUUCAGUUGUAUAUGUGUGGUGUUAGCAUUGUAUUUUUAGCCCGGUUUUUUUUUGGUACAUACAUGCAUAUCUCUUCAUGUAGAUUUAUUUAUUUCAAAGCUAUUAUUGUUUUUGCUAUCGUUCACAAAAAGCUUUACCGGCUUUAUGUAUGUAUACGCUCUGACACAAUUGUUUCAUGCUCUCGCUUUACUUAAAUACUCUAUACUUGCGAGAUGUUUGCUCAUUUAUUCUUGGAUUUUCUGUUUUUUUUUCUUAAGUUCAGUGGUCACAUGUUUACCUUUUUUGUAUAUCCAACAUUACCUUUCACUACACUACCACCACCAUUAGUAGCAGUACUAGCUACUGAGUAUUUUCCACUCUUCUCUUUAGUUGCCACUUUCUUGUCUCUGCAUUGUUGUUGAUUUGUGCAGCUUUCGUGCUAAAUUACUCGUUUAUAUUUGAGAAUUCGCCUGUAAACACCUUCACGCUGCUCAGUAAUGUAACUUGACUUGUAUUUUUGUAUCUACUUUGGCGCUCUCGUUCACCUGCUGUUUAGACUUGCUUUUGAUUUUUUUUACUUUUUGGUCCCUCUCUCUCUCACUCUCUCCCUAUUAGUUAUUAAUUGUCGCAAACGUAGUAAACGUAUAGACUUCAAUUUACAAGCAUUUUUAUACAUUUUUGUUUACAAUCAAGUAACUAUAGCAACUUUUUUUCGGCUAGCGACAUUGGCAUCGGUUCGGAUGUAUGCCAUAGUGCCGCGCCAUUAAAUUCUACACCAAUUAGAGGCAACAGCACAUUUACACGAAUGAAGAAUAGAAAUUCCUUUAGUCUAUUUAGAAGCGGUUUCCAAUAAUGAUGACGAUUGUGUCGCGCGUGUAUAAAAGUUCACCAACAUUCCAACGCAUAAAAUGUCGCCGGAUAAUCCCACGCAGAUUCUAACCACACAUGAUUUGACCAGCUUACGCACCCUACAGCGUGUAAUUAACACCAGUAGUCUAAAUAAUAAUAAUAAUAACACUAACCACAACAGCAACACAGUUGUUGAGGACAGCAUCGUUUAUACCAGUCACAGCCACAAUAAUAAUAACAACAACAAUCGCAAUCAUAAUUACAACCAUAAUAGUAGCAACAUCACCAGCUCUAACGGCAUACAUAAUCAUCACAACAAUAACACCAGCAAUAGCAACAGUAACAGCAGCGCGCACGUCAGUGGCGGUAAUAUUGUCUUCUCCACCAUACCAUUUGACGGCCACACCGUCUUCAUUCAACCAUCCCACCUUUUACCCCCGAACGCUGCUGCAUCGCUUGCUACCAGCAGCGGUUUGCAACAGGUAACGCAAACGCCGCCGCGUGGCUUGGUCACAGCAGCAGCAGCUGCCGGCACAAAUGGUUUACGCACGGUCAGUAGCAUCAGCAACGGUAACUUGGUAGCGAGUAGCAUUGGCAACGUCGUUAGCAACGCAACGACAUUUCUCAAUAGUAAUACUAACAACAGCAGCAACAAUAACAACAACAGCAAUAAUAUUAAUAAUAACAAUCGAUUGAAUAAUUUUCUCGCCAAAGCGACAAUACUGAGUGCUGCGGAUCUUAGUAACGUUAGAACGAGCGGAAAACUCUUUAAUAGCGGCAGUAACAUCAACAACAGCAGUAGCAUCAUUAACAACAACACCAACAACAACAACAACGGCAGCACAACUUUCAGUGCCGGCAGCACUAACAUGCCGACCACAUCGAAAUAUGUUUUAUUGCAACCAAACGGCAACGGACAGUUUACCACCUAUGAAGGCCCCACACCAGCAGCAGCGGCCGCCGCAGCGGCAAAUGGCAAUGCUUCAGCGCCAAGCGUGGGCAAUAUUGUGCUUUUGGCCACUGAACCGUUGGACACAACUGUGGGCAGCGAUGCAACAGCUGUCGGGCGUGUAAUUGCCACAGCAACCACUGGCACGGGGGAUAAUGAUGAGGAGUUGCGACCGUUGGCGUGGCUUAAUGAUAGUAAUUUGAUAAAAGGCAUAGUGACUACAUCUGCGGCAGGUGGCGUAAAACGUGUUGGCGGCGGUGGUGGCGCUUUGGGGAAUAGCGGUAAUAUUUGUAUAGUUAGCGCGAGUAAUGCGCAUGAGCUGAUCGAAGAGCUGCCGCAUCAUGUGGGUAGUGAGGAAGUCACAACCACCUUACCUAGCGGCAGUGUGAGCACAAAUAUGAACAGUAACAACAACAAUAAGAACAGUACCAUCACAACACCUACCGAACUGAAAGCCGGCACACAAAUUACCGCACUCAGCGUUAGCGAUUUUCAGCAACUCAAGCGCUUUGGCAACAUAAUCACAGCUGGUACACCGAUAACUUUGUUACCACAGCAUGACGCAAACGCUGCGACGGUUGGCAGAAAAGAUGAAUCGCCCACAACGCAUAUUUUCGGUAAUAUUGGUGCCAUAAGCGCCACCACCACAGUACAUAUGGGACCGAGUGGCACGACAACCGUUGUCGAGUACAAAUCGAACGGUAACAUACCAACGCUGCAACCGAGGCAGCUACUCAGUGCUGCUGCAGUUGGUAAUGCCAACAGUGGCACGACUAUAACACCAGCCAAUUUGAGCAAUAGCGCCGGCAAUCACAACACUCACAACAACAACAGCAAUAUUAUGAAUUCUACCAGUAACUAUGUGCCUUCUUCACCUUCUACUUCUACUACGACCCACAGUAUCCAGUCAAGUGCAGCCAAUACACCCUCCGCCUCCGUUGUUGCUUCCAAUCACCCUGCCUCCAUAUCAGUUUCCUACUCGACAGCGCCCUCAUCGACACUGAGUGUAGCCGGUGCCAAUAAUAAUGGUAGCACCACGGUGUUGAGCUUGUCUAAGCAAUUAACAACACUGCCGGGCGGUGUUGUUACGGUUACCAAUGGCAACGGCGCAACUAACACAAUUUAUCAAGGACAACAGCAACAUAAACAGCAACAACCCAUCGUCAACAGCAACACAAAUAACAGUACCAGUAGCGCCUCCAGCACCACACAUCAUCCGCAUAAGAAAUAUUUACGCGAAAAGAUGAAUGUAUUGGAUCAUGGUGGUGGUGGUGGUGGUGGUAGUGGUGUUGGUGGUGGUGGCAACAACUCUGUCAGCUCAAAUGCAAGCGGCAAUGGUGCAGCUUCUACCAUAACCGUGGUCGCUUCUCCGGCCUCUUCCAGCAGUUCGUUUUCCUCAUCCGUCUCAAUGUCAUCCAGUUCAUCGUCCACGGCCGCUGUCAACGGUGGCAAUAGUCCAGUCUCUAAGUCAUUCUACGCUGGCGCAGCCAACAACAGUCACAGUCACAACAGCAGCAGUACUGUAAAUGGCAACAACAGCAGCAGCGGUGCCAUAAACUACUCUAGUACGGCGAAUGCGACGCCUACCGUGGUGUUGGCUAAUACCGUAGCCGGUGGCACAAGCGUCGCUGCAACAAAUGCAGCCGCUAGCUCGCCCAUAGCAACCAGCAUACAGCCCACCUACAUAAUGCAGUAUCAAAGUGUGGCCUCAUCACCAAGCAUUUCUUCGCCAGAACCCAUAAAUUCCAAAGAAUUCUAUCCACUUGUUGCACCGCAGCAACAACAACGUAACUCGAUGCGUUCACCCACCUCCUACUCCAGCUACGAUAAUGACUCAUUGAAGGAUUUUGAAAUAUCCACCAAUAGCUCGAGCGGUUUGGGUCGUCACAACACCAGCACACCACAACAUCAAACACAUCAGUCUGCGCAAGCACAACAGCAGCUGUCAACAUCAGGGUCCUCCUCCGCGUCCUCAAAGGCCAGUCAUACAGGCGGUGGUGGUGCUGGUGGUGGUGGUGGUGGUGUUUCAAGUGGUAGCGGUGCUGUUACGCCUCAAAAGCAAAAACAUCCGAACAAUGUGCCCUACGAUCCGUUCGUGCACACACACAACAAGCCGCCAUACAGUUUUAGUUCCUUAAUAUUCAUGGCCAUUGAGGGCUCGAAUGAGAAAGCAUUGCCAGUCAAGGAGAUUUAUGCUUGGAUUAUGCAACAUUUUCCAUACUUCAAGACGGCGCCUGCUGGCUGGAAAAACAGCGUGCGUCAUAAUUUAUCGCUGAACAAGAGUUUUGUAAAAGUGGAGAAAGCACCGGUAAGUUUUAAAAAUAUGGGCAAAGGCUCAUUGUGGCGCGUCGAACCGCAACAGCGACAAAAUCUCAUACAAGCGCUCAAUCGCUCACCAUUCUUCCCCAAUUCGGCCGUGGAUAAAUCUUCAUCGCUCAAGAGCCCUGGUGGCAAUGACUCACUUGUCGGCUAUGACACCGUUGAUAGUGUGGGCAGUGGCGGUGGUGGUGCGUGUAGUCCAGCGCCAAAAUCUAAUAUAAAUCCACGUAUCGAUCCACGUCUAUUCCCUAAACUUUCCAAAGUUAUUGGUGGACAGGGCUUGCUAAAUGAUGUGAUUGUGACUGGCGCUGGCGAUGGACCUGACGAUGACACUCCGUCCGAUUAUAGUACAACAAAUCAUAAUAAUAAUAAUAAUAACAAUAGCAGCAACAACAAAUACAACAAUUAUAAUAACUCAACAUUGUCACAGCAGCAGCAGCAGCAGAAUGGCAACAGUGGCGGUAGUGGUGGUGGUGCCAACGGCGCUACUUCCAUAUUAGGUCCUUUCAGCAGCUACGAAAGCAUUGAGCGUCUGGCACGUGAUUGUGGUGCUGAUAGUAUUGACGAUGUCAAUGCAGCCACUGCGAUGUUGGCGUUGAAGCAUGGACCGAAGGUGUUUGCGGAGACCUUCCAGAAUGGUGCGCCCGUUAUAACGUCGUCACCUAGUGAGGAUCACACUUAUUCGGCGGGUGGUGGUGGUAGUGGUGCCGCAACACCGCUAACUAACGGUAAUUCCGUGCCAACGGCUACAAACGGCAAUACACCAUUUGCUGGCAGCAUUGGGCAGCAACAACAAAAUGGCUGUAAUGGCGAUAAUCAAAGUAAUUACACAUCCUCGGAUGCCGCUUACGAAAGCAGCGAAGAUAACAACAAUAUCACACCCGAAGAGCUAGAGGAUCAACGUCGGCAUCGUGAAGGCGUCGACGCCUUGCUCUCACUUUCGCGUUCCUCCGUCGUUGAGUCGCCUACAAAACGACCGUCAUCGACUAGCGUCGAAGAAGAGCACAUAUCCGCCUGUCUUGAAAACAACAACAAAACUAUUAACAACAACAAUAAUAAUAAUAAUAACGGACAUUUCACCAAUGGCAAUGCUAAAAUGGCGUUGCUCACCAGUGCAGUUGCUUACAGUCAACAGCAACAACAACAACAUCAUAUAUACGAGGAUAGCAGUAGUUUUCACUCACCCAGCUAUUAUGGCACGGCGCAUAGUACACUGCAUCAUCAUCAUCUUAGCUUGGCCGGUGGCAGUGUGCAACGUAAAAUCAAGCCUUUGCGUAGUUUGCGUACGAAAAUCAAACGCAAAGCGCCAUGGAUGAGUAAGGCGCGGUGAGCGUUGGCGUAUGCUUGUAAGCGGGGAAGAGUGUGAGAGAAUGAGUAGUGCGUAGCUAAGGAAAGUGGAGUUGGGUAGAAGUUAAAAUUAAUUAUUGGAAAGUAGUGUUUUGAGUAAUUAAAAAAAUAUAGGUGUGUAUGCGUUAGAAAAUUACUGUUGAGCAUAUGUAAUAGAAUACUGCUUAAAGGGAUUGUUUUUGGCUGUAAAAUAUAUUAACAUGGGCUUUGAGUACGACGUAAAUACGUAUAAAUUGUAAAAAUUAAAGCUAAUAUGUGACAAAAAGAUAGAAAUUGAGCAAAGCGUUUUAACAAUUUUUGGUCUAUGAAAAUUUUUACGACAAAAAUACUUUUACAAAAUUUAAAGUGAAUUAAUUCUAAAUUAAUUUUCAUUUACGAGUGCCUAAAUCUUAAGAUAUGUAAAAAAUUUAUAUUUUCGACAAACUAAAUAUAUAAUUUGGAGAUUCUUUAAUUAGCUGACAUAAACUAAGUGAUCAUAUUUUACAUAUAUUAAUACUAAAAACAAUAAUUCAGCAAUUUUCUUUGCAUUUUCACAAAAACGCUGCUCAAUUUUAUAAGUUUUUAUGUAAAAAAAAAACUGACAAAUCUGAUGCAAUCUAUACGCAACCAAAAGGAAAAAAUACAAUUUUUAAGCUUAACUUAAAUGUAAAUUAAGUUUUAGAGCAAAACAGCGUUUUGAGCCGUCCGGCCAAUAUACAUAUGCGCAUACACACACACACACACAUUCACUUACACACUUAUAUUUAUACAUAAAUGUUAUUUAUCAAACGCCUACUUUACCGUUUUUCUACUACAAAUUCUUUUCUUGAACGCGGCCCAAGUAAUGGUAUAGUUAUAAAAUAAGAUAGUGAAAACCGUUGCAUACUUUUUAGCGUUUGCUUUAAAGUUGAAAUGUAAAAAAAAAAACGGGUUUUCGGUUAGCGCGAUAUUUAUAAGCGCGAAAGUGCUUACAGUUUGGGUAAAGAGUAUCCUUUUUCUUAAUAAAUUUAAUAAAUUUCCUAGCAAUAUUAUUUUCUGUUGCGCUGAAUGUAAGCAGUUAAUGCAUAAAAAUGAUAACAAUGCUAUAUAAAGCGCUGAUUUCGUUAUUCUUAAUACAAAUUUGAUAGUUUUUAAUAAACGUUUUAUAAUUUUUAAUAUAAAUUAGCGCUGAAUAACAUUUCCAUGUGUCAAUUGCAUAUAUAUAAUGUCACUUAGUGAGUUGAAUAUGCUGAAAAUGAUUCUAAUUCGCGAAAAGUGUGUUUAAAAUUUGUUAAAAAUACGCAAUGGUAGCAUCAAAGCGUGUACAAAUUUAUUUGAAUUUGAAAAUAAAGAAAAUAACAAUUUAAAAUGUUGUAAAUACGUGAAAUGCUUUUGUUAAUCGCGCUGAUUAACAUGUAUUGUCUUAUUACGCACAAAAAAAGGAAAUGAGUUAAAUUGUUGCUCACGGUAGUUUGAAUAAUUUUUUGCGCGCUGAAUUUAACUUAUAUUUCUUUGAAUAAAAAAAAUUGAGCAUAAAAAAGAAUAUAUUAAUUUAAAAAUAUUGUAAAAAAAUUUUCAAACGCGCUGAAUAACAUUUUCUUCAUUAUUCAACACCUGAAAUGUGCGUGAAUAUGUUUCUUGUAGAAAAUGGCAUAUAUUUAUGCGUGCUGAAUACGGUUACCAUACGCUGAAUACCACAUAUAUUGGGCAAAAUUAAAAAAGCGCAUAUAUUUAGUGCGCUGCAUAUGUGUAAAUAUAUUAUAAAGUGCACAUAAUACGCGCAUAUAUAUUAUAAAGUGCAUAUAAUAUGCGCUGAAUACCAUUUACCGCGCUAAAAAGUUGUAAGCACCUUUCGCUGCGAGAAGUUGUCUAUAUUUCGUGUACCCCAUAACUUUUAAAGUCUUCAAAACUCUUUGAAUUAGCUUUUAUUUACUAAAAUAAGUUUCUUUUCUUCAUUUAUUUACUCAAAUAAGCUACUUUGCUUCCAAUUUUCUUAAGUUGUUAUACUUUUUUCCUUAUAUUUCUUGAAGAAAUUGCAAUGUUUUAUGCCAAACAUUAGUUUUAUUGUAAAGUCUGUGCGAAAUAUUAUUUUGCGCAGCAAAACACACACACACACACAUACAUCUUAACACAUAAAUUAUAUUACAUAGUUAUAAAAACAAAAUACAACUCUGUUUAUGUUUGUAAUUAUACUAUUAAUAAAUGUUUUAGUUUAAAGCGUUGGAAUAAUUUUCAAUAAAUAAUUCGCCUUUUAGCAGCUUUUAAAAAACUAUACGAAAAAACUUGUUUAAGUCAUAAAUUGAAGAAUACAUUUAAUUUUAACUAAAAACUAAUUUUAAUUCAUAUAAAAACAACUACAAAGAAAAGUUAAACGUAAAUAAAAAAGUAGCGAAUCAAGUAAUUAGCAAAUCAAAAAAUAAAACAUAAAACAAAACAAAAGCAGAAAAAAUGUAUUUGUUUAAGUGACUAUUAAAGUUUAGCCCUUAAUUAAGACAAAAUGGAAAAAAUAAAAAAUAAAUAAAUAAUUUAGAAAAAUAAGUAUGUUUACUAAAAGCAAGUAAAUGCAUCUUUAAAACCCCCUCAAAAAGAAACAAGAAAAAAAUAAAAUUCACUUCAAGUACCUUUUUAGCAAAAGAAUAUAGAAAAAUAAAAAUAAUUAAAUUAUUUAAAAGGAAGGCAUAAAGAAAUAUGCAAUGCAAGUGAAAGCGUUCAGUUUGAUGCAGCUGAGACAGGAGAAGGUAAAACUAGUUAUAAAUUAAAUUAUUAAGUUUAAAUAUUAAAUUUUUUUAAUUGAAAGCUUUAUGCAGUCUUUUAAUUAACUAAAAAAAAUUGUUUACCAUUGAUUAUACUAUUAAUUGUUUAAAGCGAAAAUGAAAAUAAGCGUAUGUAUGUGAGUAAAGCGCAGCAAAUCAAAUAUAAUAAAAUAAAAUACUGAUAAAUAAAUGUUUUUAUUGCAAAGAAUACUAAAAUAAAAUUAAUAAAAUAAUGAAUAAGCUAAAAUCAAGAAACUGUUAAGUUAAUAACAAAAGCCAAUGUUAAAAGUGAAAAUUAAUUUUAUUAGCAAAUAUGAGUCAGUGUAUGCGUGAGUUUGUAAACAGCAUUGCAAUUACAACCACAAUUUACUUAAACAAAUUGAGAAACAAAAAUAAAAAAUUAAACAACAACAACAAAAUAGUGUUAAAGAUUAUCUUUAUAUAUAUGUACAUACAAAUAUAUAUGUGUAUACAUAUGUACGUGUAUAUAUAUAAUAUAUAUAUACAUUAUAUAUAUCUUAAAUAUGUUAAGUGCUCCUGAUUGAUAAAUGGCAAUAUUAAUUGUACGUUAUUAUAAAUUAAUUAGUUAAAAUAACUAUAAACAUACAAACACAUUAUACAUACAAAAAUACUAAACACACUUAUAUACAAAUCCAUACAAGUAAACAUACACACACACACGCAUACAAUCCACUUUUAGACAACUAUAUUACCAUAUAUUAGUGUAUAAAACCAUUAAAUUUAGUAAAAAAUAAAUAAACAAAAAUGUUGAUUUUUACUUUAUACAAACAAAAAACAAAAACACUUGCUAUAAUAUAUACUUACUGUACUUUGUACAUAAUGUUUUGCUAUACAUACAUAUGUAUGAAGAUACAUAUAUGUAAGACAUGAACUAAAAAAAAAAAAACAAAGCAUUAUCCACAUACAUACAUAUACAUAUGCAUAUAGACAUACAAAUAUUUAAGUACAUAUGUAUGUAUGUAAGAGAGUAAGAGUAGAAAAGCUGAA